UCUGCCAGCCCGUUCUCAUUGCGUCGUCGUCAGUCGUAAAACCGUCCAACUGUGUAGGCUACUUAGAAUGCGGUGUACGUCGUUCUCCGUUGUUCUGCUGUGCAUUUUCAAGUGCAUCGGGCUUGUACUUGCGAUAUGCACCGUGAGCAAACACGAAGCAGGGUCAGCUAAUCGUUUACAAUGCUCGAACGUUACUCUGCAAGUGGUUUCCAAUCAAACAGCGGACGUACUCGCCAUACUGGUCUUCAACUCGGAUUUGCGGUACAUUGGGGAACGAGCUUUCGUCAAAUACGCGCAAUAUUUGCAGUCCUUGAACAUUCACGAUUGCCACAUAAACGAUAUUCAUCCGGGUGCAUUCAGGGGUUUGGUUAGCCUGAAGAAACUCAGUCUGCCCAACAAUAACAUCACACAAGUGAGGGGGGAAUGGUUCAAGGAUCUGGUGCACCUGGAGCAAUUAGACCUGUCCUUCAACCAAAUCGGCAUAAUCGCCCCACCAGGGUUUAGUAGAAUGAUACUGCUGAAACGACUCGACAUCAGGGAGAACCGUUUAUCCUGCGUGCAUCCAGUGACAUUGCCGGGUGGUAUCGACAAGCUCUAUUUCGUUGGCAACCCUCUGUCUUUCAACUGCCGGAGACAGCUAACUCUAUGGAUGCGGGACCACGGCGUGAGCUACAAGAACGAGCUGAGCGAGAAGGAAGCGUGGUUGGAUAAGCUGCUUUGGCUCUGCGCCAUCGGCGACGCGAGCGUGGCCAACUCGGAAGUCCUGAUGAAAGAAUGCGUUAUCCUGAAUUUAUUCAAUCAGCUUCGUACAGGCCUGGAAACUGCGGAAUCGUAUCCUUUGGCCGUGGACUGUGCUGCUGCGAGGGAUGAUCUGACCGACUGCAUAAUUGAGCAGGCACAGAAAUUCAAAUUGCUCACCAAUGGGAACGUGAUCAAGGAGCUGCUCCUUUAUAUCCAUCAAGCUAUGUCAAACGUUUAAAUACGUAUUAAUCGCUAAAAGAGUAAUAUAUAAACGUUAAGUGGAAGCUAAAACUAUCGAGACCUGAUGAAGCGUCGCGAUAGUAAUCGAGUUACGAAUAAAAAUGCUCAUCCGCAUGGAACAUGAAAAACGUCAACGUGCAAAUGUCGAGGAAAUUUGUAACAAAAAUGUUUAAGUACGCAAAUAAAAGAGAGAUA